GCAGCGCCCCGGCCCGGCCCCCCGUGCGCCCUCCCCAUGGGCGCUGCGCCCUAGCGCCGGACCAUGGCCAAGUGGCUGACCAAGUACUUCAGCCUGGGCAACAACAAGGCCAAGAGUCCCCCGCAGCCGCCGCGGCCCGACUACCGGGACCGGCGCCCCGGGGCCGAGUUGCUGGCCGCGCACCGCCACACCUCGCCCCGCCUGGCGCCCCGCCACCUGGGCGACGACCCCGGCGAGCUGCUGCGCGCCUACCGCGCCCAGAAGGAGCGCGACUUCGAGGACCCCUACAGCGGGCCCGGCUCGUCCCUGCGCAAGCUGCGCGCCCUGUGCCGCCCGGAGCCCUGCGCGCCCGAGGAGCCGGCCGCCAAGCCCCCCUCGGCCGCCGGCUCGCCGCACCUCUUCCGCAGCCAGAGCGAGCGCCGGCCGCCCACCCCGCCCGACGGCCGCUACCUCUCCCCCAAGCACCGGCUCAUCAAGAUCGACAGCGGCUGCGAGGGCGCGGGGGGCUGCAAGGGCGCCGCCGCCCCGGCCAUCACCUGGAGCCCGCCCGGCGGCGCCGGCAAGAAGGUGGGCAAGUGCGCGGAGCCGCCGGAGAGCAGCGUCCCUUCCGCCAAGCCGGAGAAGGUCUUGAUAGCAGAUGACUACUCUGAUCCGUUUGAUGCCAAGAGUGAGCUGAACAAAGCGCUGAAAGGAGAAAACACUGGCUACAUGGAACCUUAUGAAGCCCAGAGGAUAAUGAGCGAAUUUCAAAGGCAAGAAAGCGUGAAGUCCCAGCAGAAAGGCAUUCAGCUCUAUGACACGCCCUAUGAACCAGAAGGCAAUGGUGUGGAGUCAGACACUGACAGCUUGGUGGGCCAGCGCUUGCGAGAGAGCAAGCUGCCACAGGAUGACGACAGGCCCGCAGAUGAAUACGAUCAGCCCUGGGAGUGGAACAAAGUCACAAUCCCAGCCUUGGCAGCCCAGUUUAACGGGAAUGAGAAAAGGCAAUCUUCUCCUUCACCUUCAAGUGACAGGCGUCGACAGCUCCGAGCGCCAGGAGGUGGCUUCAAACCCAUCAAGCAUGGCAGCCCGGAAUUCUGUGGGAUCCUGGGAGAGAGAGUAGAUCCAACUGUGCCACUGGAAAAACAAAUAUGGUAUCAUGGCGCAAUCAGUCGGACAGAUGCAGAAAACCUGUUACGGUUGUGUAAAGAAUGUAGCUACCUUGUAAGGAAUAGUCAAACAAGCAAGCAUGACUAUUCUCUUUCCUUAAAGAGCAGUCAAGGUUUUAUGCACAUGAAACUGACAAAAACCAAAGAGAAAUACAUCCUGGGUCAGAACAGCCCCCCGUUUGACAGCGUCCCAGAAGUCAUCCACUACUAUACCACCAAAAAACUGCCCAUCAAGGGCGCAGAACACUUGUCCCUGCUUUACCCUGUAGCUGUCCGGACCCUAUAACACUCCACUCUCACUCCUUCCUGUGGAUGGGAGGGGACGGGCAAGCAAGGAAGCAGGAAUUCAUGCUGCAUCGAUGACCAGAACUCAGAAACUCGAGGUUGAAAUGGAGAUGUCCUGCCUUUCAUUUCUGAUGUGUGCUGGCUGUCUGAAAACUGUUAGACAGUCCUGUGUGUAUGGUACUCUUGCACUACUGUGUUUCUGUUUCCAUGUGAUGAGAACAGAGAACCUUCCUGGGGGAUGUUUCUGUGAAUGAAAAAAUGUUUCCAAAUCCAAAGAACUGCCGUCAAGGGUAAAUAAAGCCAACAUCUUCCUUCAGUCAGGAAACUCCAAGGAUAUUUGUUCAUACACAGGUAUUAAGUCAGGAGAAUGAAAGAUCAAAAAAUCUUCCACCGGUGACAUGCUGUCCUAACAGACACUGAAAUGGAUGCAGAUUCUUUCAGGGCUCAAGGAGAAAUCGGCACAUGAUCGGCUUAACGUGCGAGUCCUCGCAGCUCUGCCCACUCACCCCGUGUUAGUGUGUCUCUUCACGCACAGUUUGUCAGGAUGAUCCAAACACAAGAGUCUUUUGUUUCGCACAGUGUGACUAGGAGAUCUUAAUGAGUAAUUUUACAAUAGCAACAUGUGUUUGAUUAUUUAUGAAUAGGGUAUGUAAUUAAAAUAGUGGUUUAAUAUAUAUAUUUUUAUCAUUUUUUGGUACAUUAAUAAAUCUCGGAGGGUUACUGCGUUCAUUUUGCAAGUGUCAUUCCUAGAUCAAGGCAGGCAGUUGAUUCUCAUUGUCCGCUGUGCCAGUGCAGCGGGCGCUGAUAUGUCAGCAGUGGCAGUACGUCAUCUGAAUGUGACAACAGGCUGGGUUUCAGACCUCAAAAGGCAGG